GCAAACGAAGACCCUGCACAGAACCCCCUCUUCCCAUCGAUAGCAAACGAAGACCCUGCACAGAACCCCCUCUUCCCAUCGAUAGCAAACGAAGACCUACCUCCUCCACCGCAACUUUUUCCGGAACUUGACGAGCUGAAGAAGAAUCAGUUUAGUUGUCUGCUGUAGGCGAAGAAUCAGUUUAGUCAUCUGGAUUAAGUUGUAUAGCAUACUGAAGACGAUGAGAUAGGAGUGGGUAUUUGGCCAAACUUAAGUGGCUAUUAAUGAAAGGCAAGACAGAGCAAGAG